UUUUCCAACCACCCACUCAGUUUGUAGCAGUACAAACACCCCAUUACACAUUUAUCACUAAACAUUCAAAGAAUUUUCCAAACUUUUACUCUGUUUUAAACACGAUGACGUCCAUGCUGAAUACCCCGAUAGUCUCCAUCUUCGAUUUGAUGGUGGAACGUCACAUCAGGCUGCGCAGGGAACUGAAUGGAAAUCUUCCGCCAGUUCGUCGGCCUAAAGCAGCACGUGGAGCUGCCGACGGAAAGAAACCUUUCAAAUACAAACCAAGUCCGAUGGAGUUUCCCUUGCCAGAAACACUGGAAUUGAUGUCUCCGCCAGCGGCAAAUGCCAUUACUGCCGCGCAUUUGACCCAGAAACACACUUUCCUUAAGAUCCAGCCACCGAGCGAGAAGAACGCAAUUAAGAAGCUGGUGGAGAAGAUGUCCCAUGGACGAGGCAAGACCAAGACCGUGUCGCCAAGGCACUCCCUGUCCAGCAAGAAGACCAGUGCCAAUUCCUCCAAGACGGUCGUCAUUCAGCCUCGCAAAAGGAAAGUAGCCGGGCAGGGAUCAUUCCGUGCUCAGCCAAAGCUCGGCAAGACCAGUUCCACUCAGUUGAAGCGACAACCCCUCUCUCCCAGAAGGGCAGAAUCUACAGCUAAGGAUGCCAGUACGCUGAGCAAGACGAAGACCAAGAAGAGUUCGCCUGAAAAGUCGGGUGCACAGAUGCGAAAUACCAGGUCUGCAGAUCGACUCGGCAAUGCAGAGAUUCCGGUCUCAAAACGAUGGCGUCUUUAGAAGCGAUAGAUAUACCAGUAGAUUUUCAUUCAUUCAAGCUAAUCAAAUUUGCACCAAGUAAUCAACAACUUUAAUCACAGUGAUCCCUCCAUGUGAUGGACCGCACUGAAUCCCACAUGAAGGCGAUCCAAAUUGAAAAUGUACUUAAAUAUGGAUUGUCUAGUUUAUAUACACAUGAAUAAAAAUGUCAUGAAAUG